AUGAAGCCCGUUGUUUCUCUCGGAUACGCCUGGUGCUGCACCGUCCUCUCCGUCUUCGGAAUCGUCAUCCUUUGCGCCAUCGCCGGCUUCUUCUUGGGCGGCACUGAGGCCUUCCUCGGCAGCACUGAGGACCCCCCAGCUGGCCAGCCUGUUGCCGUCAACUUGUUCGGCGGUGCUGUCAUCUACGCGGUUUUCCUCGCUUUCUGCGGCUGCCAGAUCGUCAUGCACAGACGACAAGCCAGAAUCGAGCUGUAA